AUGACAUCUCAAGCUAGCGCACCGUUGGGUGCUGGAGCUUGGUCGAUGCUGAAGCAUCCGCUCGCGCCUUGGUUGUGAGUCCCGAGUGCUUCGUCUCAUUGAAGCUGUUGAUUGGAAAGCAUCCCCACACGCUGACACCCACCUCACACCUGCGCUCCAUGCGCUUCGUGGAUAGGGUCGAUGCUCUUCAUGCGAAAGGCUUUAGGUCGAUGACACCGGUACAAGCAGCCAGUAUCAAUGCUUUGCUCUUCCACAAGGACGCGAUCGUCGAGGCACCCACUGGUUCGGGAAAGACGUUGGCCUACCUGCUACCUAUGUUGACGAUGCUCGAAGCGAGUGGCCAGCUGCAAAAUACGCCUUCCACCUCAAAAGACGGCCAGCAAGUCUUCGCUGCGACUCCAUCGACGUCAUCUCACGUCAAGUCGGAACUUGCAGGCCUUGUCAUUUGUCCAACGCGCGAGCUUGCAGCUCAGGUACAUCGAGUACUGGUGGACCUGCUAGCAUUUCGCUCUUCGCCACAUGACCAGUCAGAUGGGCCAGACGAAGCUUCAGAGACUCACAUCGAGCGUCAGACGGACCAAGAAGAACAACAAGAGCCGACAGAGGCCGAGGAGAAAGACAGACUAAAUACGCAGAGCCAGUACGGGGCACUAUUGGUCGUGGGUGGUGCGUCUAGGUCGGAGGAUGACUAUAGAAGGUUCAGAAAUGAUGCGUGCAGGAUUGUCGUUGGCACGCCUGGGAGAGUGCUGGAACUGGUGGAGCGCAAGACGGUAGAUACCAAGAGCCUUGAGCUGGUCGUCUUGGAUGAGGGAGAUCGGUGAGUGUGUGCCGCAAGCGUAGCAUGGCUUGGAGAGGCUCAGGUCGAUGCUCACCCACUGUGCUGGUACGCCUAGCCUGAUGGAUGCUGGAUUCUCACACGAUGUGGAAGGCAUCCUCAACUACUUGCCCAAGCAGCGGAGAUCAGCGCUAUUCAGCGCAACGAUGACGGACGCCAUCACCCGUCUGGCCUCAUUAGGUUUGCGGAACCCAGCACGAAUCGUGGUCACUGUGAAAUCCAGCAACGUAUCGGACGGUGGAGGUCAAAGCAGAGCGCCUGCCGCGUGAGUAGUUUCGAUGACCGCCCGCCACCUCGCCUCGCCACUGCGUACACCCCGUUUGACACGUCUGAUCGGUCCUCUCAGCCUGUCCAAUUUCUUCACUGUCUCCGAGCCUCACGCUCGAUUGUGGGACUUUGUGAACUUGCUACGCCUCGAAACCAUCGAGGACGCAUCGGGUCACGACGCUUCAGCUCGCAAAGUAAUCGUCUACUUUGCGACGUGCGCUCAGGUCGACUAUUUUUACAAGGUGUUGCGUGACCUGGACCAUUUACGCGGGUUGCAACUCUAUUCUCUGCAUGGUCAGCAAACGCCGUCGAGGCGAAGCGCGACAUUUGAGGCGUUCGUCAAGAGCAAUCCGAUCGGCCUUGCUGGCACAUCGCUCCAGGAUUUCGAUGCGCCUAGCGCCCAGCAGGGCGGAGAAGUACGCAGGUCCCGCAGCAAAAAGAAGAAAAGGUCAUCUGCAUCGGUCUUGCAGCUUCCUAUCGCAUCCGUGAUGAUGUGCACGGAUGUGGCUGCUAGAGGAUUAGAUCUCCCUGAUGUAGACUUGGUCAUCCAGUUCGACGCACCAAUAGAUCCGAAAGUAUAUGCGCACAGAGCUGGUAGAACUGCCAGGGCGGGCAAAGCGGGGAGAGCAGUGGUCAUGCUCGAAGCUGGGCGACCGGAGGAAUUUCCACGUGAGUAUCAAGGUGGAUUCUCCGCGCCAAUUGCACUGAUGCCUAGUCGUUCCCAUUGUAUGCAGUGGUGAUGGCAGCGCGAAAACUGCCGAUGGAAAGGUAUCCUCGCCUACUACCACUCAAACUCCCACCGGCAUCGCACGUCUAUGCCCCAACAUCUCAAGCGCUAGCCGAUGCCGAAUCGCUUUCGGCAGCCAUUCGCUCGAUGUGUCUGUCGGAUCGAGAGAUUUACGAACUCUCAGUGAGAGCUUUCGUCAGCUUUGUCCGCGCCUACUCGAAGCACGAGCUGUCCUACGUCUUCAGAGCAAAGGACAUGGAUUUGGGUGCUGUAGCUAAGUGCUUUGGGCUGAUUCGCAUGCCAAAAAUGCCGGAGGUACAGGAUGACCUCAAACGUAGAGAGGCUGCGACUUUGGAGAGCGACGAGGCGGGACGCGCGGAUCUUUGGGGCUUCAAAGAAGUUGAAGUGGAUGUGAGUGGAUCAACAACGAUCUCUGGACCUUCUGAAAUUCGCACUGACCUCGCGGGCAGCUAUGUCUUUGCAGUUGAAGACAUGGGCGUACUCGGAUCCGCAGCGGGAGGCCCAGCGCCUAGAGUCCUUGGCGUCAAAAGAAGCCAAAGUUCGCGCCGAGAGAGAGGCUGCCGAGCUGGCAGGGAGCGCGAAAAGGGACUCUUCGCUCUCGAAACGCAAAAGGAUGAGGGGCGCAGAGGUUCAAGAGAAUGCUUGGUCCAAGCAAAAAGAGGCCAAAGCUAUCAAGGAGGAGAGGAAGAGCAAGAAAGCACGAAAGAGAGAGUACAUCAAGCGAACGGCUUUGGAGCAGGAGGAAGCUGAAAGAGCGGAAAAGGAGGGGCAAGAAAGGAGCGAUGAUGAGUUGGACUGGUUGGCUGAGGAGAAUGAGGAGAAGCGAAAGCUCAGAAAAGCUAGAAAGGAACGGCAGCUCUUGGCCCUUCGGCCGCCGGAAGAAAGGGUGGAGGUGGUGGAAGCGGGAUUCUUCGAUGGUCUCUGA